AAAAGCAAAACCAUUCAGAUGGGGUGCUGGAUUUUGAAUGAAAGUCUGUCUGUCGUGUUACUACUGUCAUGGUUGGGAGGGAAUUUCUAUCUGUUUAUUGACACAUUCCAUUGGUAUGAAGAAGAGGAUGCAUUUCUUUACACACGGGUUAUUCUAGGUUCAGCCUUGGCUUGGGCAAGAGCAUCAGCGGUGUGCCUGAACUAUAAUUGCAUGUUAAUUCUAUUACCCAUCAGUCGAAAUUUCGUUUCAUUUUUGAGAGGAACAAUCACUUGUUGCGGAGGACCAUGGAAGAAACAGUUAGACAAAAGUCUCAAGUUCCACAAGCUGGUGGCCUAUGCAAUAGCUAUUAAUGCAACUAUUCACAUUGUGGCACACGUGGUCAACAUGGAGCGCUAUCACAUUGGCCAAUCCAAAGAUGCUGGGGAGCUGCCAAACAGGCUUUCUUACCUUGGCAACAACCCAAAUGAAAGCUACCUGAACCCAAUCAGGAAAUAUGACACAAACAUAAUUACUGAAGUCCUAACCACAACAGCUGGUGUAACUGGACUGGUGAUCUCUGUGGUUUUGAUUUUGAUCAUGACCUCAUCAAUUGAGAUCAUUAGACAGGCCUCCUACGAGUUAUUCUGGUAUUUACACCACACGUUUAUCAUCUUCUUCAUUGUCUUAGUUAUCCAUGGAACAGGACAGAUUGUCCGAAGUCAGACACUGGAGAGUUUGAUGCUGCACAAUGUCACCUACUGUAAAGAUCAUCUCACUGAAUGGGAAGAAACCAUUCAGUGCCCCUUGCCACAGUUUUCUGGCAAUAAACCUUCGGUUUAUUUCUACUGGAUUUGCAGAGCUCCGUGUGCCUUUGAGUGGUUUGCUGAUCUUUUGUUUUUGCUGGAAACUCAGAUGACUGAGAAGGGGAAAACCAAUUUUCUGAGUUAUCAUAUAUUUCUUACUGGAUGGGAUGAAAAUCAGGCUGCCCACAUAGCUUUACAUUGGGAUGAAAAUACUGAUAUAAUUACGGGUCUAAAGCAGAAGACAUUCUAUGGAAGACCUAACUGGAACAAUGAGUUCAGACAACUGGCUUACAACCACCCCAGCAGUAACAUUGGUGUGUUCUUCUGUGGACCCAAAGCUCUCUCCAAGACCCUUCAAAAGAUGUGUGGCUUAUAUUCCUCAGCUGACCCUAAAGGUGUUCGUUUUAAUUACAACAAAGAAAACUUCUAG